AUGUCCAAAGCCGUUGUCCUUGGAGCUGCAGGUGGUAUCGGGCAGCCGCUCGCUCUGCUCCUCAAGUCGAAUCCGCUCGUAAAAGAGCUCGCUCUCUUUGAUAUCGUAAACACACCUGGAGUUGCGGCCGAUUUAUCCCAUAUAUCCACGCCCGCAAAGGUGUCAGGCUACCUCCCGCCGGACGAUGGUCUCAAGAAGGCGCUGACUGGCGCAGAUAUUGUUGUGAUCCCAGCAGGUGUACCGCGGAAGCCGGGUAUCAAUGCAGGCAUUGUUCGCGAUCUAGCGACUGGCAUUGCUACCGCAGCGCCCAAGGCCAGCAUACUGGUGAUUUCCAACCCCGUCAACUCGACCGUUCCUAUUGUCGUUGAGGUCCUCAAGAAGCACGGCGUAUUCGACCCCAAGAAGGUCUUCGGAGUGACCACGUUGGACGUCGUGCGCGCACAAACAUUCGCCGCCGAAGUACUCGGCGAUCUAUCUCUGGCAUCGAAGCUGACGGUGCCCGUGGUCGGCGGACACAGCGGUGUGACGAUCGUUCCUCUCUUCUCUCAAUCCUCCACUCCCCUUCCCUCGGGCUUCACCAAGUCUGAUCUGGAAGCGCUCACGACGCGCGUCCAGUUUGGUGGCGACGAGGUCGUGAAGGCCAAGGACGGUGCUGGUUCCGCGACGCUGUCCAUGGCGUAUGCUGGUGCAGAGUUUGCAGAGAAAGUCCUGAGGGCACUCAAUGGCGAGAAGGGCAUCGUUGCGCCGAGCUUCGUGCACCUCAGCGCUGACAAGGAGGGCGGCGAGGCAGUCAAGAAGGAGAUCGGGCAGGACCUAGAAUACUUCUCUGUCCGGGUCCAGCUUGGGCCCGGCGGUGUUGAGAAGCUCCAUGGCCUUGGGUCGAUCACCGAGUACGAGCGGUCCCUCGUCCAAGCUGCUGUACCCGACUUGGCGAGCAACAUCGAUAAGGGUGUUUCCUUCAUCGCGAGUCCUAAACUGUAG